UCCGGCACAACCUAACCCUAAAUGGACCUUCCGUGACAUGGUGAACAAAAACCGACAACAUGUCGAUGUUGACUCCGACGAUGAAGAACAUGAUGCAAAUGGUGAAAAAGAUGUAGUCGCGGACUUGUCCAGUCCUCUGCCGGAGGUGAAAAUCUCAAAGCGCUUUUUUGAUCAAAUCAAUCUUGAGUGGAGAAAUGUAGUGGUUGUCAAACCAUUCGAUGAAGCUUUGACAAUGGCGUCCCUAUAUAACCGACUCAUGAAGAUGUGGCCGACCAUGGCAGGCUGUAACAUGAUGGACCUCGAGAAUGUCUUCUACUUGAUUCAUUUUCGGACAAUUGAGGAUGUCGUUCAGGUACUUACGGGUGGCCCCUAUGUUGUGGGUGGCAGUUACAUGCAUGUUCAGCCCUGGUCCAUGGAAUUUGAUGCAUUAAACGAGGAACUCAUUUCGACGGUGGCUUGGAUUAGACUGCCGGGCCUACCCCCCCAUCUUUACCAUAAGAAAAUUUUUCGGACAAUUGGUCAGAUUGUAGGUAAGGUGGUCAAGAUUGAUCAUCAAAUGGCCGCCCUCACACGUGGGAAGUAUGCACGUCUGGUCAUAAUGGUAGACCUCACUAAGCCGUUGUGCGUUAACUUCUCCAUUAAUGGCCGCAAUCAACGGGUCAUCUAUGGGAGUCUACCUACGAUCUAUUUUCACUGUGGCCGGAUAGACCAUACGAGCCAUGGGUGUUUGUAUAAACCGGUGUCUACAGAUUCGGCGGGCGUGCCUCAACGGGCACGACGCCCUUACACGAGACGCGAACUAGGCCAGGACAGGACCCACAAUGAGCACACUCCAAAUGUGAUGGCCAACCGAGGGGCAGGGUCUCGUUUCGACAUCCUGGACGAAGAUGGGUCGGAGGAUCAUAUUCCUCAGUUCGUUGUGGGUGGUACCUCAGCAGGUCAGAAUGGGCAAUCGGCAAGUUCUCAAGGGGGGAAAGAAUGGCGUUCGGUGUCAGGUCAUCGACGGGCCGCUGGUAAGUCAGCUGUGGGUAAUACGGCCACGGUAGUGAUCGAGGAGCGUGGCAAGAAAUCUAGCACUGAGGCAAGCCCGAUCGUUUUGAGGAAGAACACUCAAGCAAGUGCUACUAGAUCGAGUUCUUUUGGAGGGCCCAUGCCGAGCGGGAAUGAGCAAGCAAGCCGCGCUUCCGGAUCCACUAGUGAUUGUCUGGUUCUUAUCAGAGCUGGUCUUGACCCAAAGAAACAUAGUGCGGUCACAUUGGUGGAAAAGAACACGGAUAAGGUUAAACUUGAUAUCCUCGAGUUUUCCCGUCAAUUCGUUCAUGUACGGAUAUGCUUAGAUGAAGAGGUGAGCCUAGUUACCUUCAUUUAUGUCAGCCCUAAUAUGGCGAACCGAAGGACCCUUUGGGCUGAUCUGCAUCGCCUUGCCGAGGGGGUCUCCGAGCCCUGGGUUAUCGGGGGCGACUCUAAUUGCCGGCGAGGUUUUGCAACAUCAGUCGGGAGUUUGCUGAUUGGAUGCUCAACUGCAGCCUGCAGGAGGUGGCCACUGACGAGCAUACUUUUACAUGGAUCCGUGAGUCCC